GGGCCUGAGGCGGCCUGAAGGAGCCGGGGGCGUCGGGCGCGAGUGCGGUCCGCGGGUUCCCGAGCGUGGCGAGCGGCCGGCGCGAUGGGCGGGGAGCAGGAGGAGGAGAGGUUCGACGGCAUGCUGCUGGCCAUGGCGCAGCAGCACGAGGGGGGCGUGCAGGAGCUUGUGAACACCUUCUUUAGCUUUCUUCGCCGCAAAACUGACUUUUUCAUUGGAGGAGAAGAGGGGAUGGCAGAGAAGCUCAUCACUCAGACCUUCAGUCACCACAACCAGCUGGCACAGACGUCUCGGCGGGAGAAACGAGCCCGGCAAGAGACCGAGCGGCGGGAGAAGGCUGAGCGUGCUGCCCGCCUGGCCAAGGAAGCCAAGUCCGAAGUCUCUGGGCCCCAGAUCAAGGAGCUGACUGAGGAGGAGGCCGAGAGGCUGCAGCUGGAGAUCGACCAGAAAAAGGACACGGAGAGUUGUGAGAAGCAGCCCAAGAACGGCAUCCUGGACCCACCUGAGAAGCAGGAGGCCGAGGAGGCGGAUGAAGAGGAUGUAGAGGAAGAUGAGAAAGACAAAGGAAAACUGAAGCCCAACCUGGGCAACGGGGCAGACCUGUCCAAUUACCGCUGGACCCAGACCCUGUCAGAGCUGGAUCUGGUGGUACCCUUCCGUGUGAACUUCCGGCUGAAGGGAAAGGAUGUGGUGGUGGAUGUGCAGCGGCGGCACCUCCGGGUGGGGCUGAAGGGGCAGGCCCCAAUCAUUGAUGGGGAACUCUACAACGAGGUGAAGGUGGAGGAGAGCUCCUGGCUCAUUGAGGAUGGCAAGGUGGUGACGGUGCAUCUGGAGAAGAUCAACAAAAUGGAGUGGUGGAGCCGCUUGGUGUCCAGUGACCCCGAGAUCAAUACCAAAAAGAUCAAUCCUGAGAACUCCAAGCUGUCAGACCUGGACAGUGAGACCCGCAGCAUGGUGGAGAAGAUGAUGUACGACCAGAGGCAGAAGUCCAUGGGGCUGCCCACCUCUGAGGAGCAGAAGAAACAGGAGAUCCUGAAGAAGUUCAUGGAUCAGCAUCCAGAGAUGGAUUUUUCCAAAGCCAAAUUCAACUAGCCUCCUUUUCCUCCCGGAACUCUGAGGGCUCAGCUCUCGGCUGCAUUUGUCACCUAACCCUGGGGCUCUGGGGCCCCUGGGCUUUGGCAGGCACGGGACUGGGUCCCUGGGGGUCCUGUUCUCUCCAGUUAACCUACUGUUACACAUUAAAGCUAUUUCCCCAGCUC